AUGCUGCAAACGACGAAAAUGGUACGGAUCGCCCUAACGGUGAUCGUUUGCAUCGCGGGAAGUUUCGCUGCUGUCCCGCCCUCCAUUAAAGUGUGCUCGCGGAACGAUCCCGACCUGAGCCGCUGUGUCACCGAGUCCGUGAACGAUCUGCGGCCCCGGCUGGCGACGGGCAAAAUUUCCGAUGAGUUCCGAAUUCCCCCACUGGAACCGCUCGCCCUGUCCACCGUCAACAUGGACCGCGGGGCAGAGUUUAAGGCCACCUUCAGCGAGCUGCUCGUGUCCGGGCCGAGCAAGUUCAAGAUCGACAACUUGAAGGUAAACAUCGAAAAGCUGAUCUUCGACUUCAACAUCUUCCUGCCGAAGCUGUCCUUCAAGGGAAAGUAUGAUCUGAAGAUCAAGCUGCUACUGCUGAACAUUGCUGGCGUUGGUGAUCUUACCGGAGUUAUCGAAAAUAACCACGCGCGGGUGAAGCUGAUGUGCGAGAAGUACACCAAGGACGGCAGUGAGUAUAUGCGCGUGAAGAAGCUGCUGGUGCGCAUCCAGAUCGAGAAGGGCCGGUUCGACAUGAAGGACCUCUUCCGGGGCGAUCCCGUCCUCAGCCAGGCCGGCAACCAGUUCAUCAACGAGAACUCGCGGCUCUUCCUGGACGAGCUGACACCCGGACUGGAGCGCAGCCUGUCGGAAACGUUCAAGUCGACGGCCAACGAGAUCAUGCAGCAGGCCACUUUUGAUGACAUCUUCCCGGCGUAA